AUUAUUUAAUAAUAAAUCAACAAAAAUGGCAUUGAAUAUUGCAAACGUUACAACAAAGUUUCACGGUAAUCAUUCCAACAAACCUCCUCCUCAUCAUCAUCAUCAUCUUAAUCAUCAGCUUCCUAAAUCUGACAACUCAAAUUCUUCUUUUAAACGGACCCUUUUGAAUCCUUCACAUUAGAUUCAAGAACACCCUCAACAAAUAAUAAUAAUAAAGGAAGAAGAAGAAGAUUUGCAGCUGUAAAGAUGUUGAAGGUUGAAGAAUUAACAGGUGAAUUGCAAGAAAUACUUAAUGCUAAUAUGGAUGAUGUGAAACAGAGGCGUCGUGCUCGUGAAGCGUUUAAGGAUAUUCAGCUUACUGUUGAUCAUGUUCUGUUUAAGACAAAAUAUGAUGGAUUGAAGACAAAGGAGUCAUAUGAGGUGAACUCUAAGGGGGUGGAAAUUUUCUCAAAAAGUUGGCUUCCGGAGACGGGUUCUCCCAAAGCAGUGAUUUGUUUCUGCCAUGGCUAUGGAGACACAUGCACGUAUUUCUUUGAAGGAAUUGCGAGAAAGUUUGCUUCAUCCGGAUAUGGAGUUUUGGCCAUGGACUUCCCAGGAUUCGGUCUUUCGGAAGGUCUUCAUGGGUACAUUCCAAGCUUUGAUGGUCUAGUAGAUGAUGUUAUCGAACACUAUUCUAAAAUCAAAGAAAAUCCAGAGUUGCGCGAUCUUCCAAGAUUCUUGUUGGGGGAGUCGAUGGGCGGAGCCGUGGCAAUAAAGAUGCACCUAAAGCAACCCGAGUUCUGGAAUGGUGCGGUCCUUGUCGCACCUAUGUGCAAAAUUGCAGAUGAUGUUGUCCCACCAUGGGCAGUAAAGACAUUUCUCAUAGGUGUUGCGAAAGUUCUUCCGAAGUAUAAACUUGUUCCGCAAAAGGAUCUAGGCGAUAUGGCGUUCAGAGACCCGAAAAAGAAGCCUCUGACGAGCUAUAAUGUGAUUGCUUACAAGGAUAGACCGCGUUUGGGAACAGCUAUGGAGCUCUUAAACACGACCCAAGAUAUCGAAAAUCAACUUGAAAAGAUUUCAUUGCCAUUGUUGAUUCUGCAUGGAAAAGCUGAUAUAGUGACGGAUCCAUCUGUCAGUAAAACCUUAUAUGAGAAAGCAAAGAGUUCAGAUAAGAAACUUAACUUAUAUGACGGUUGUUGUCAUGCCCUUCUAGAAGGUGAAACUGAUGACAUCAUUCUUAGUGUUUUUAACGAUAUUAUUUCAUGGCUUGAUAAGCAUAGUGCUGCAAAGUGAUGAUUCUUGGUUUAUUCAGCUGUCCUGUAAUUUUAAAACAAAUAAAACAAUUACAAAACACAUUUUUUUGGUUGCAAUUCAAGUAUGUUAGAAUUUAUUUUAUUGUAUCUCCUACUCAUUUUGUUUUUUAUUAUGUAAUGUAAUUUAGGUUAAA